GAGAGCUGUGAACCUGCAGCGUGGACAAAAAAAGAAAAACCACACGCACACCUACUGUAUACCCACCUCUGAUGCCCCAUGUGCCACUGCCGCCGCGCGCGCAGGCAACUCCAGUCCUCAUCCUGUGGACCAGCCGGACGCCUACACUGAACACCGCCGUCAGCCACACCGUUAAACUCUCUCUGCUCCUCAAAUGAAAUCACACAGCCAUAUUUAGAAACCUCCACACCGCAGAGCUCCUUGCUGGAAGCCACGGCUGCGGGUUUAGUUCGGAGGAGCCUGGCGGCGGCGCGAGCAGGACUGCCGGGGUGCCCUAAAUGAAUGUGCCGGGGACCGGAGUGUGGAGAGCGGAGGACCGGGCUGCGAGCAACCACUCGGACUCUGAGCACACCGAGGGCACUUAAGGGUGGGGAAGAGUGAAAGGGUAGCCUGCCUCUCCGAAGAGGCGAGAGGAGAGUUUUGGGGCCGUUUCUACGAGAGCAACAUCCGCACUUUGAAGAGACCAACUUCACUGUCGCCGUCGACUCGAUGCUGGGAGCUGUUGGAGCUCAGGGAGUGAGGAGAUGCGCGGUGUAACAUGGAUAUCCGAGAAGGGAUAAACAGCCGAAAACACCACAGGGGACACACUCAGAAGAACGGUGAAAGUGUUGGAAAGGACAAAGCCAGGAUUCUACACACCUGUGAUUUGAUGUGAGCUUGUAUUGACCUGAGACCAUUAAAAUGAAGUUGCUAUGGAAACUUAUACUGCUGCUGUCAUUGGUGGAGUGUCUGGCAGGUAGUGGAGUCCUGCUGAGGCCCGUGUUCACCAAACAACCCGGCAGUGUGGUGUUUCCCCUUCAACCUGGCGAAAAUCGCAGAGAGGUGGUGUUCAGCUGUGAGGCCCAGGGACACCCACCGCCUUUCUACAGGUGGAAGCUCAAUGACUCUUUCAUCCUGCCCAGACCAGGGUCACGUUAUUCUCUAAUGGGAGGAAACCUACACAUCAGCCAUCUGAACAAAGAGGAAGAUGUUGGCAUCUAUCAGUGCCUGGCAUCAAACUCGUUUGGUACCAUCGUCAGCAGAGAGGCCAGUCUGCACAUUGCAUACUUGGAGAACUUCAAGACCCAGAGAAGAAGUCCAGUGAGGGUUCGUGAAGGUCAAGGAGUGGUCCUACUGUGUGGCCCACCACCCCACUCUGGAGAACUUACCUUCACAUGGAUCUUCAAUGAGUACCCGUCGUUUGUCAUCCAGGACACGCGGCGAUUCGUGUCCCAGAAGACGGGCAACCUCUACAUCGCCAAAGUGGAGCCCUCUGAUGUGGGCAACUACACUUGUGUCGUUACCAACACGGUCACCAAAAGCAGUGUUCAAGGACCACCGACUCCUCUGGUGCUGCGGGUUGAUGGUGUGAUGGGCGAAUACGAGCCAAAGAUCGAAGUGCAGUUCCCCGAAGUUGUCCCCGUUGCUAAGAGCUCAACUGUCAAGCUGGAAUGUUUUGCACUUGGAAAUCCAGUGCCAACCAUCAGCUGGAGAAGAGUGGAUGGAGCCUCUUUUGGCAGGAAGGUGGACAUAAAUAAAGCCAGCGGAGUUUUAGAAAUCCCUUACUUCCAGCAGGAGGAUGCGGGAAUAUAUGAAUGUGUGGCUGAGAACACCAGAGGAAGAAACUCAGCUAAAGGAAAGCUGUCUUUCUAUGCUGCACCUCACUUGACUGAGAAGCCCCAAGACGUUCAGAAGACCAUCGAUGACACUCUGGUGUGGGAGUGCAAAGCCAGCGCCAAGCCCAAACCCUCGUACCGCUGGAUGAAGAACGGAGAGCCUCUGGACCCCAUGGAGCACGACAGGGUUCAGGCGAAUAAUGGAGUGCUGACGAUUAGUAGCCUGAAUCUAGCUGACAUCGGCAUGUACCAGUGCGUGGCAGAGAACAAGCAUGGCCGAAUCUUCACCAACGCUGAGCUGCGAGUCAUUGCCAUCGCUCCAGACUUCUCCCAGAACUUGUUGAAGGCCCAAACUCUGGCCCGACAGGGUGGCGACGUUCUGAUCGAAUGCAAGCCCAGGAUGUCUCCUCGGGGUGUGAUUUCUUGGAGGAAGGGGAAGGAAGCCUUGAGAGAGAGCCACAGAGUAACCGUGUUGGAUAAUGGCAGCCUGCGGAUUUCCAAUGUCACUAAAAUGGAUGCUGGACUGUACACGUGUGUGGCCAGGAACCAGUUUGGAGUGGCGAGCAGUGCCGGCAGCCUUCUGGUUAAAGAUCCAACUGUGAUCACCAGUCCGGCAGGUCAUCUGGACGUGACCGUAGGUGAGAGCAUCGUGCUGCCCUGCCAGGUGUCUCAUGACCCCACGCUGGACCUCAAGUUCACCUGGUUCUUCAACGAGCAGCUCAUCCACUUUGGAAGCCACUGGGCAUAUUUUGAAAAAGUUGGUGGGCGCUCGGCCGGUGACAUCAUGAUCCGGAACAUUCAGCUGAGGCAUGCUGGAAAAUACACCUGUGCGGUUCAGACCAAGGUGGACAGCGUGUCUAUUGCCACAGAUGUGGUAGUCAGAGGUCCCCCAGGCCCGCCUGUGGACUGCCAGGUGACUGAGAUGACAGAGACCACUGCCUCUCUGUCCUGGGGACCCGGAAUGGACAACCACAGCCCCAUUCUCAGCUACACCAUCCAAGCCAGAACGCCCUUCUCUCUCGGGUGGCAAGCCGUUACCACCGUUCCUGAGCUGCUCGGGGGGAAGCAGCUGUCAUCUACUGUCAUUGACUUGAGUCCCUGGGUGGAGUACGAGUUCAGAGUCCUGGCAACCAACAGCAUAGGAACAGGAGAGCCCAGCAAACCCUCCAAAAAGGCGCGCACCAAAGAAAUGCUUCCCAGGGUGACACCGGCCAGAGUGAACGGCGGCGGUGGAGGACGUUCAGAGCUGGUCAUCACUUGGGAGCCUGUUCCCGAGGAGCUGCAGAGCGGUCCAGGCUUUGGCUACGUGGUGGCAUUCCGCCCACUCGGGGCACCAGGCUGGAUGCAGGCUGCUGUCACGUCCCCGGACGCCUCUAGAUAUGUCUUCAAGAAUGAGAGCAUCCCUCCUUUCUCUCCGUACCAAGUCAAAGUCGGGGUUUACAACAACAAGGGAGAGGGCCCUUUUAGUCCAGUGACCACUAUCUACUCAGCGGAGGAAGAGCCCAGCAGAGCUCCAGGGAGGCUGAGGGCAAGGAGUGUAUCAGCGUCCGAGGUAGAGGUCACCUGGAAGCCACUUGCCUGGAGCAACAACCGCAGACGCAUCCUGGGCUAUGAGUUGCAGUACUGGGGUGAGAAGAAGAAGCAGGACACAGCCAGCGUGAUCAGGACAGUGGGGAAUAAAACUUCAGUGCUCAUCAGGGAUUUGGAGGGCAGCAGUACCUAUUACAUGUCCCUGCGGGCCUAUAACAGCGCUGGAGUGGGUCCACAGAGUGUCAUAGUCAAUGUCACAACUAAGAAACCACCACCCAGUCAAGCCCCGGUCAAAAUCAUGUGGAACACUUCCAACUCCAAGGUCAUCCUGAGGUGGGACCAAGUGCACGCUCUGGAGAAUGAGUCAGAAGUCACAGGAUAUAAGGUGAUGUACAGCCAGGACAAACACAGCCGCCCCAGCGUGGUGGAGACCAAUACCACCUCCUUGGAGUUGUCGCUGCCGGUCAACCAGGACUACGUUAUCCAGAUCAAACCCUUCAGUGAGGGAGGGGAAGGCAGCAGCAGCCGCCAGAUCACCAUCCCCAAGAUAGCAGGCUCCAUAGCCACGGGAGCAGCUCCGGAGUCUUCUUCGCUUCCCUUGGUCAACCUCGCAGCGUUAAUCCUCACAGCCAGGACUGUACUAUGACAAACAUCUGCAUUCACCCGGCACUACAGCUGCCUAUGAAGAGGAGAAACAGCAGGUCAGAGACAACAAGAGGCUGACAGCCGCAUUUCUACCUGCUCCCUUCCCUACCCUACUGUGUCUUUCCUCUUCAUUCUACAAAGAUCUCUUUCUGAGGAAGAUUCUUUUCCUCCACCUUUCUGAAGGAGUUAUUGAAAGGAACUGGCUCUUUCAGAAGUUGCUUUUAUGGAAGUGAAAGGACACCGUGACUUGACUGCAGUCUCUUUGAAGACGUUUCUUUCUUUGCUCCCUUCUGACCAGUGGAUAUUCUCAUACGGUUUUAACCUUUGAGGCCCAGUGGUGUGUGAUGCACAAUAGGAUGUGUAUAUGUUUUUUUUUCUUGGUGGGGCUGUGCAGGUUCUGUUAAACGGAUAUUGUAUGUACUGGACUUUUCUUGGAUGCUAGGAUUUUAUCUUAACUAGGGAUGGAGGAGACUUUGAAUAGCUCAUAUUUAUGUGAGUGAAGUUCUAUUUAAGCUCGGUUUAAGACAAGAGAUGUCUUCUCCCUCCUUCUCUUUGGACCGUCUUUUGGAAACUUCCUGCUCUGUCUAAGAAGGAAAACCAACUGUUACUAAUCCCUGUCAAAAAACAGGGAGCUAAGCCUCAUUGCUUUAUGACAAACCAGAAUUUGGGACCUUUGUAACUUUGCCUCGAUUUUAUUCAUGCUUUUACGUUACACCACAUUACAUCGAAACCUCAGAGUUGCCAUGAAACUGACUGUAACCAAAAGGUAUUGAGCCGGCGAGGUUCAGUUCCACCUGUUGUAUAAUUGUGAGAAAAUGCAGCGUGUAUGCCCCCAAUAUGGCUUCCAUUGUAAACAGCAGACUUGUGUUGAUUAAUUGAUGUCUUACCUUCCUCCCUCGUCCAUGAUGAGUGUGUAACAAAGGCACGCUGAGCAGUGUGAGCCGCAUUGUUGUACACUGUAUGUAUGAAAUCCUCAGGUCCCAAAUGAGCCUUAAGUCUUAUGAUUACGAUCCAUGUUGUUAUGAUUCAAGAGACGUUUUAUUUAUUUUUCCUCCUCUGUUAAUCCGCAUUGUGUUUUGGCUCACUCAUGCUAUAAUUUAUGAAUAACUGACCUUCGCGAUGUCGAGAUUUUUCACUUUUGUUACUUUCUAGAUCAUAUUUUUGGGCGUUUUGGGCUCAGAAACAACAUGCCUUUCUCCUACGUCUUUCAUGAUGAGCAUUGUAAUACAGUACAAGUGGCAGUGGUUACUGACUUUUCUAACAUAGCUUGCAAAGGAGGGAUGGUAUUUUACUGUCAGCUGCUGUUUGGCAUGAGAUUGGUCAGUGUGUGUACCUACGUUGCUAAGGAUGUCUGAAUGGAUCAACCUGCUUUUAAUAAAUAUAAUGCCAUUUUC